UUUCUUUUCUAUUGGUGUUCGGUGUUGACGGUGUUGAAUACUCGACUCCGUUCCGUCUGUCUCUGACCCUGACGUCUGUAUACUGUAUACAGAUACACUAUACAAUAUACUGAACUGACUGCCGAUUGAGACUGACUGACUGUAGUAGAUAAAGCCAAGCCAUUAGUUAGUUUAGUAGUUCGGAUUGACGCGAAGAAAAUUCGUAAUUUAAAUAACCUUCAACCUUGGGAGAUUAAUCUUCUUGAAUAGGACGUGGUUAGGGAAGUGAUCAGUGUUGGUGUAUAAAAAUCUACAGUUUGUUAUUUAACUGUUCAUUGAUGCUAUUUUAAUCUGAUUAACCUCGGAAAUAGUUUAUCAGACUUUCUCGUGACCAUUUCAGAUACCCUACCUGUUUCUUAGGACUUGAUAUUUAUAGCGUAGACUUACUAGGCCUACAGAUAUGGCUUCUGACAAAGUGUACACUUACGCAGAAAUCAAAGCUGAAAGUGAAGAUAAGAAUUCAACCGUGAUUGUAAUUCACAACGUAGUUUACGACGUGACAGAUUUUCUGAAUGAGCAUCCGGGUGGAGAGGAGGUGCUAUUGGAGCAGUUGGGAAAAGAUGCAACGGAAGCAUUUGAAGAUGUCGGCCACUCUACAGACGCAAGAGAUAUGAUGAAAAAAUACAAAAUUGGGGAACUUGCAGAGUCUGAGAGGUCAAAAAAAGAAGAAAAGAAAGCCACCGCCGUACCAAAGACCGAUGCUGGAGAUGGCGACAGUUCCUGGAAGUCUUGGUUGUUGCCCAUUGCCAUUGGAUUGUUAGCAACUGUUGCGUACAGAUUCUUCUUUCUAAGCCAAGAUGACAGUGGGAAACCUUAAGUCAUUAUUUCACUCCAAACCCAUCUUUGUAAUAUUUGUACACAUACAAAAACAAUUACCAUGUUAUUUUCAGUUACUGCAUUUAUUUUAGCCUUGUCAACAGUCUACCAACAUCCCAGUAACUUCAAUGCUUACAUUCUAUUUACAUUAUUUUUGUGAAUAUCUAACUCAGAAUAAUUUGUUUUAUUAAUACCUUAUUUAGUCUCUUUUUUUGCUUCUAUGCUAAGCUAUCAUAUUUUAUCAUUACUUCUUGCACAUAUGAAAAUUAUUAACUUACUGCAAGUGCUGAUGAUCAAAAAUGGAGCUUAAAUGUAUCUGAAGGAAUUCUCUUAAGGGCAAAUAUUGAUUCUUUAGUAUAACAAGAUUAAAAAUCAUACUGACAUAACCAAACAUAUCCUAAUAAGAAUAAAUAUUCUCACUUGUUUGUAUUCUCCGUGUGUAAUGCAAUACUAAAAAUUACUCAUUGUACCCUUGUAAGAAACAUGUAGUGUUAAACAGAUGAUUUUGGAAGUUAUAUUGGUACUAUAGUUAAGCGGUUUCUCAUCUUGAGUAAUAUGAAUCUGCAAGUUAUUUUUGUUAAUGCACAAAUGUUUUACGUGUGCUUGACUUGAUUAGGUUUAAAUAUGUUAAACAUUAAAUGCUCAGUUAAUUGUUAUGAAACUAAUUAGGUUGUGCUACAAAUAAUACACAUUCCUAGUAUACUAAAUCUUCUAAUAAAUGUUAAUAAGUUUGCAUGAAUAUUUACAUUUGUGUGAGGGAUGUGGUGAAUAAAAGAAAACGCUUUCUAGAAUUUUGUAAAUUAUCUCUAUUUCUUCUGUCCAAAGAGUGAAGUGCUAAGAAUCGUGGGCUUUUAUAUUUUGCGAUGCCCAAAUUUGCCAGGUGGUGAGGUUUUUGAUAUAGGAGUUUUAUAGAUAUGGGUCCAUUUAGAUUAGUUAUAUACAAUCACAGCGGGGAUUAAAUCAUAAGACUUGAUAUUUUCUCUAAAUUUAAGAUGCUAUAUAUAGUAAAUGUAUAUCCUUAUAUCUGUUGUAAUAUUGUUAUAGAGAAUAAAGUUUUUGAGAUUUAA